GUGGCGCCGCCGGAGCUCGCUGAGGGGGCAUCUGCACGGCCCAGAGCCGACGGCAGACCGAGCGACGACCAGAGGCCGACGCGCUGCCACCGGCCGAAGAUUGGGGCAGGAACAAGAGCAAACCCGUAAAAACUGACGCCAAGCUCUAUUGGAUAGAGAAAACAGGUUAGACGAUAAGACAGAUAAUUUAUCUGACAGAAGACAGCCAGCAGCAGUAUUCCAGAAGAUCAGGAAUCGCGUCCAUAUUGAGGAAUAGGAGACAAUCUUACUUGCCGAGCAAGCGUUACAUUACAUCGUCCGCUGGACGGAAGGUAAACCGAAUUAACUAAGACAGGCGCACUUCAUGCGUAAAACGAGACUGCAGCAAGAAUUGCUAAACCCGCGAGUAACAAGUUAGAAGUCUGCAACCGACGGUAUCGCAGACCCAGCGAUCGAACUACUAAUUAACUCAAGUUUGACCAAUCAAGAACUUGAAACUGAGGCGUUCAUUUACUAACGAAACUUUUCGGCACAAUCCAAAGCCGUACAAACUUCCAUCUGUCAAAGGUCCUUGUGAUACGCCUAAGCCCGUUGAACUUGGUUGAAAGGAAGCAGAAUGGCGGCAAAUGCCAGCGAAUUACUUCAGCAAGUGCACAAAAAAGUUUACGAUGAACAGUUUCUCAUCCUUUACGCAAACAACUCUUUGCCGCCGUUCCAGAACAUGUCUACGAUUAUCAUGGAAGAUCCGCAGAACUUUGUUCUGACCAUGAAGGUGCAGAUCAUCUUCUACAUGAUCUACUCCAUCAUCUUCCUGCUGGGUAUCUGCGGCAACUUCCUGGUGGUGUACGCCGUUCUGCACAACAGGGCCAUGCAGAACGUCACCAACUUCUUCAUCCUGAACCUGGCGCUCUCCGACAUCCUGCUGUGCGUGCUCUGCGUGCCCUUCACCCCGCUGUACACCUUCCUCAACCGGUGGGUCUUCGGCAACGUCCUCUGCCACCUGGUCCCAUGCGCGCAGGCCAUCAGUAUCUAUAUCUCCUCGCUGACCCUCACGGCCAUCGCCAUCGACCGCUUCGUCGUCAUCAUCUACCCGUUCCGGGCGCGGAUGCUGACGUCGACAUGUCUGGCACUGAUCCUCUGUACGUGGCUGUUCUCCACGGGCGCCACGCUGCCCUACGGCGUGUACGUCGAGUACAAGAUGACCACCGACGGCGACUACGUCUGCGAGGAGAACUUCCCGGACGACCUGCGCCUGACGUUCGGCACCAUCACCACCGUGCUGCAGUUCGUCGUGCCGUUCCUCAUCAUGACCGUCACUUACACGCUCAUCUCGCUGAAACUCUCCAGUCGCGUGCGCUCCAAGCCCGGCUCCAAGAGCGUGCGCAAAGAGCAGGCCGACCGCGAGAGGAAGCGGCGCACCAACCGGAUGCUGAUCGCCAUGGUGGCCGUGUUCGGCCUCUCCUGGCUGCCGCUCAACCUGAUGAACAUCCUGGAGGACGUCUCCAUCAACCUGGGACUCGGCUGGGAGAACUGGCCCUACUUCCACCUGCUCUUCUUCGUCGCGCACGCCAUCGCCAUGAGCUCCACCUGCUACAACCCGUUCCUCUACGCCUGGCUCAACGAGAACUUCCGCAAGGAGUUCAAAGAGAUCCUCCCCUGCUUCCGCGCUGCCAUCGCCGGUGGCAGCGGCACCGCCAGGGGUACUUUCGGCACGGGGCACACCCGGAACGGUAUCGGCAGGAACGGCGGCACGAGCGAGCCGCGCACGAACGGCGUCAGCCUGCAGCCGAGCCCGGCCGGCCGGCCGGAGGACGGCCACGCUGGCGCCGCCGGUCCGCCGGUGCCGCUGACCAGCAUCCAGGUCAAGUACGAGGUCGGCAACGACAGCGUGCUGCUGCUGACGUCCGACCGGACCAGCGACGCCCGACACGUCUCCACGCUCACCGCCGAGACGGCCACAGACGCGUCGCCGCUCGUCACCGACCUCUAG